CGGACCGCCGUCGUGUGCGGGCGCGGCGCGAUAGCGCGACCGACGGACUGCGCGGCUGGUGGCGGUCGUGCGACUGCCAACUCCUCAGAGGUGUCGGCCGACCAUGCCUCCGCCGCGGGAUAAAGCGACGGAAGAAUGACACGACAAUGGUCCGGCUUCGAGGUGUCCCUAAGAUAAACCCCACGGCUCCGAUGCGAGGUACACCCCGGUGACGACGUUACAAACUUCAAGGAUGGACAUACAAAAGAAGUUUCUGUGCCCCCGCCUGGUGGACUACCUCGCUAUCGUGGGGGCCAGACCACCAUCGGCUACUCGGCAACCUGUACAGGUGCCGGAACUGCUGCGAAGGUACCCCGUGGAGGACCAUAAGGAUUUCCCUUUACCUCUGGACAUGGUGUACUUCUGCCAGCCCGAAGGGUGCAGCAGUGUCGGCCCUAAACGUACAGCCUUAAGGGAAGCCAUGUCCUUUAGUUUCACCCUCACCGAUAAAGACUCCGGAAGGACUCGUUACGGGAUCUGCGUUAAUUUCUUCCGACCCAUCGAGAGACCUGGGAGCUCUGGGAGCAGCACCUUCACCGGUAGACGCAACAGACACAACACCACCUUCCGGAGGGACAGCUGGAGGAAAAGCAUGGAGAAGAGCUCCGACUCCGCCUUCUCCAGCGAUUACAGGGGUAGUGCGAUAGGACCCAGCGAUUCCGAGAGGGACUGCCCCAGCAGAAGAGACUCGGACACCCCGCAUGCAUCUCAUCCUCCAAGACUGGGAAUCACUGCCCCCAGCGGGGACAGCGAAAGCGGAGGCAGCCACUCGCCUUCUCCUAGAGCCUCUCGCAGAAGACAAAGAGUACGAAACCAUUCCUUGACCUCGCUGUGCAUCAUCUCGCACCAUCCCUUCUUCUCCACGUUCCGGGAGUGCCUCUUCAUCCUGAAGAAGAUCAUCGACGCAUGCAACGAGAGCUCUUCCGCUCGUAGAGUUGGCGCCUCCAGGCAGAUCAACAGGGACAGCGUUUGGAGUGUUCUUACUGGUCAGGCCCUGGACGGGGCGUCUUCCAUCGUGCUCCACGACGUUCGGGAGAUCGAAACCUGGAUUCUAAGACUGCUGAGUGCCCCGGUUCCGGUCCCUACCAAGACCAGAGUCGAAGUAGAGAUUCUGUCGCAAGAGGUCCAGCCCCCGCUUUGUUUUGCCCUUCCUGAUCACACGAGGUUCUCUCUCGUCGACUUUCCUCUACACUUGCCGUUGGAACUCCUCGGGGUAGACGUGUGCUUGAAGGUGCUGACCCUUAUACUGCUGGAACACAAGAUCGUCAUGCAAUCGCGGGACUACAAUGCUCUCUCCAUGUCCGUCAUGGCGUUUGUGACGAUGAUCUACCCCCUGGAAUACAUGUUCCCUGCCAUUCCGCUACUGCCCACCUGUAUGAGCUGUGCCGAACAAUUGCUACUUGCUCCCACUCCGUACGUCAUCGGCAUACCCGCCUCAUUUUUGCUCUACAAGAAGAACUUCAAGAUGCCGGAUGACGUCUGGCUGGUGGAUCUUGACAGCAAUAAGGUGACACCACCUUCCGCAUUCGGCGACCAUCUUCCUCCGCUGCCCGAACCCGAAGGCUCGAUCCUGAAGAAUCACCUUAAGCAGGCGAUGCAACUAAUGGACCAAGUUGGCAGUGGUGCGAUGGCGAGCAUGUCGACGCCGACAACAAAUGCGCCUUUACCCCAGCACUCCUCUCAGAUGUCCCUUCAUUCUCCCGGUAGACGAGAGAGCGCAGCAUCCCAUUUGUCGACCCUGAGCGUGUCCUCGGCGAGGCACAGGCCGAGCGUGGACCACGGGAUGCAGGGACAACCGGGAGGUGGGUCUUCGGUAACAUCCUCGGCGUCGAGCCCUAGAAGGCCAUCAUCGGUUAGCCAGACCCUAGGUCAGUCUCUUGGCCAAUCCAUCGGCCAGACCAUGGGUUCGGGAUCAUCCCCACAGGUGUCCGGGGCCCACCCUUCGGCGCCGUUCAACCCCUUCAUCUACGGCAACGACGUGGACUCGGUGGACAUAGCCACGAGGGUCGCGAUGGUGCGGUUCUUCAACUCGCAGAACCUCCUGGCGAACUUCACCGAGCACACCAGGACCUUGAGGCUGUACCCUAGACCCGUGGUGGCCUUCCAGAUCAACUCCUUCCUCCGAUCGCGACCCAGGGCGAGCCACUUCCUGAACAGGUUCGCGAGGACGCAGGCCGUGGAGUUCCUGGCCGAGUGGUCGCUCACCCCGACGAAUGUGGCCUUCCUAAGGGUGCAGACUGGAGUCUUCGACCCUGCCCAGAUUGGCGACAAAGCCCGGUGGUAUGCAAAUCAGCUCGAACCCAUCACCUUCCCCGUGUGGGACUCCGGCAGCUCGCUAGCCGGCGCCCUUAAGGCCAUCAGACAGCCCGAAAAUCAGCCCACCGAUGAGAGCGGAUCCGACUCGGAGGGUGCUGAUAGCACCAGCUCGUCCUACUCCUCGCUCAGUGACUUCGUCUCGGAGAUGGUCUCCUCGGACUUGUCGCCAAUGACCCAGCCGCAGCAAAUGGCCCUUUCGGUGGACCCGAAAAACGUCUACAACCCGCCGAGCACUCUCCAGUACCCAGGAAUAGAGGAAGACACCCAAAUUCGUCCCGACAGUCCGCCCAGCACGUCUUCGAGUCACAGCGACCUCAGCAGCCCCAGCUUCAACAGGGACUCCGAGUUAGAGCUGAAUCCGAAAGCGAAGGAGGACUCUCAGGCCGCUAAAAGCGACAACGUUCCUCCGAUCAGCCCUGGACCCCAACGUCAGCCCAGCGUGGGCAACGUCCUGGCCAGGACCUCCAGCUUUGGAUCAGCUGUUGGACCUCUUCUGCCGAGACAAGGGACCACCGGAAGUGCCAACGGGGCGUCGACGCUGCCUCGUCAAUCGACCACCGGAAAUGGCCUCCAGAAGCAACACAGCGGGGGUUCUGUCCAGCGACAGAACAGCAGCGGUGGGUCCAGCAAUGGUGGCGUCACCAGGCAGGGCUCGCAAGGAUCUCUUCUGGAGCAGAUUGCGUCCCAAGCCAAGGAUCUUGUCCGGGAGACGACAAGGCAGAGCAGUCAAGAUGGCCUUUUAGCGCACAUGGAUAAGCUGAAGCACCAAGCGAAGGAGAAGAUUACGGAAGCUGGAGAGGAUAGUCUUUUUGCCCCCCUGGAACAGUUAACUCAGCAGACGAAGAAAGCCAUGGGCGAAGCAUCGAAAUCUGUUCAAGAGGCCUCGAAAACGGCCCUGGAAGCGAGCAAGACCGCUGCCGGGGUCAGUAAAAAUACCCUGGAUGAUUUGACCUAUGUUGGCAAAAGCACUUUAGGAGACCUGACCAAAAGUGCCAAGGAAGUCGCAACGAAGAAAGGUUUGCUUAAGGGACAUGGGGAAUCUCAGGGUUCCCCACCGAAUUCUCCACCAGGAGUUCCCCCAAGAAGAGAUUCGAGCAGCACUCAGUUGGUCGCUUCGGAUGCUCGUGGAGGGCGCCGAGAAAUUGGCCGCGAUUUCUUCAGCAACAUCAGCAGCGAUUUGAACGGCAUUGCUGCCCAUACUAGCAGCAUGUUCAGCGAUUUGUUUGGCAGUAAGAAUAGCUCUAAUCGAAACGCUAGCCUACUCCCCCAGUCGCAGAAGUCGAAAGAAAAGACCCAGCCCUUCGGACCCUUCCCUAAAGGAAAGAAGGGCCUAGUCGAACGGUCGUCUCUUAUCAAGCACUCUUCGAACAAGCCCAGCCAAGAAGAUUUGCAAAGGCAACAGAAUGCAGAGCGGUCCAGUACAAAUAGCGACAAUCAGGCGUUCUUGACGGACAUCGUCAAUCAAGUAUUAGCAGGGGAAGGUGUAGGGUGGCUGAAGUUAAACCGACUGAAGAAGCUGAUGGAAGAUGAGAGCUAUCGCAAUCUCGUGGUCACGAAGUUGAAUAAGGUCCUUGAAAGGAAGAUCAGUCCCGAUGAUCACAUCGACGACAUCUGCGUUUCAAAGCCAGUUUACAAAGGGAUGCUAAAGUGCCUUCAAGCGGUAUGUCAUGGUCUAGGACAUACUUACGCCAACUUCGGCUUGGGUGGGAUGGCUUCGGUCUUUCAAUUAAUGGAAAUAGCCCACACUCAUUACUGGAGCAAAGAUCUGAGCGAAUGUGGCUUCGACAGUUCCGUAAUGUCGCAGGCAUCCAGUCCCUUCGGUAGCCGUGAAAAUUUGCGUUCUCCCCAGUCUCCAAAGCAUCCAGAAUUCCCGGACGUGUCGCAGAAACCACCGGGACAACCCACCGCAGAACCACCUCAAGUUCGCCUCGACACGUCGCGACCACAUUUACCAACGAGUGGGGACGACACCCAAUCGGCCACGGAUACGUUCCUAGAUAUGUUCACGAAGAAAGGGAAAUUUCUUAGCAAACUGACGUCGUUCGACUCCGAGGGCCGUGGUGGAGCAACCGGAAGUAGCGAAGCAUUGUCCACGGACGGCGGAAGUAUCACCACAAACCCUGCAUUUCGUCACGCCCAUCAAGCAUCUUUUCGCAGCACCGUGUCCGAUAGCGAAGUCGAGCAAGGCAAUUUUUCACGCCAAGGGAAGCAGCGCACUGCCAGCGUUUGGUCGAGUAAGUCCUCAUUGAGCACUGGUUUCCGGUACCACGGAGGAAGUCUGGUACCCACCACGACGACCCCGAGUCCAGAGUCGGCAAGAACGUAUCUCUUCGAAGGCCUUUUGGGAAAAGAAAGGUCUCCUCUGUGGGACCAAAUGCAAUUCUGGGAGGAUGCCUUUCUCGACGCCGUUUCUCAGGAGCGCGACAUGAUCGGCAUGGACCAGGGACCGGGAGAGAUGAUGGAGAGGUACAAGAGUUUAAGCGAAAGCGAGAGGCGCCGAUUGGAGCACGACGAGGACAGACUGCUUUGCACGCUGCUUCAUAAUCUCACCGCCAUUUUGGUGAUGCUGAAUGUCGACAAGAACGAACUGAAACGGAAGAUAAGGAGGUUGCUUGGCAAAAGCCACAUUGGCCUUGUCUACAGUCAAGAGCUCAAUCAGCUCCUCGACCAAAUUCAGAAUCUUCAUGGAAACGACAUCGACUUAAAGCCGCUUAUGUCUCGACAAAUGCAUCGCCAAUCGUUCACGGUCCACGCCGGUGCAGAUUCCGAGGGAGAGUUGCGUUUCCUGGAGGUGCGUCACGACGGUCUCGUCCUGAGAUCCGUCAACGGAAUAAUCGUCGAGCGCUGGUGGUACGAGCGACUGGUCAACAUGACUUAUUGCCCGAAGAACAAAGUUCUGUACCUCUGGAGGCUCAAUGGCGGCCAGACGCAGAUGCACAAGUACUACACCAAGAAGUGCAAGGACCUUUAUUACUGCAUAAAGGACGCGAUGGAGAAGGCUGCGGCCCGAGGUCGAGGGGCCAAUACCGAGGUCGAGCUGGGAGGUGAGUUUCCCGUGCAAGAUUUGGAGACCGGCGAAGGAGGUCUUCUUCAAGUCUGCAUGGAAGGCGUCGGUCUACUCUUCGCGAAUAGCAAGGAUUUCGAGUUUUUUGUAAGACUCGAUCAUAUCCGCAAGUGCUUUACUCAGAAGGGUGGGAUCUUCGUUUUGGAAGAGUUCAAUCCUAAAACUAGAAGGAUAGUUCAACGUAAAUAUAAGUCGCAAAUGGCCGAUCAGAUCCAGUAUGCGGUUCUCUGCCUAUUCUCGUACCUAGCUGCUGGAUUGGAGCAAAGGAAGCAGCUGCAACAUCAGCAACAACAACAACCGCCUCAGGCUCAGCAUCAUCAUCAACAACAGCAUCAUCCCCAUCAGCAACAGCAGCAUCAUCACCAACAGCAGCAUCAACAACAGCAGCAUCAACAGCAGCAGCAACAACAGCAGCAUCAUCAUCAACAGCAGAAGCAGCAACAUGGCGGCGGCGCAACACAAGUUGCUCAGGGACACAGAAUGACACAUUUAGAUCCUUUUCCACGACAACACUGACACAGAAGCAGACAUUCUCUCCCUUUUGUGCAUGACUAUCACAGCUGUGCUCCUUACGCUUGCCUACCUUGGGUAUGAUAACUCGCUGGUGAUAAGAGUAAAAGGACUUUGCCAAGGAAAGAGAGAAUGAGACGUUUCCCCUGGAGAAAGAUAUUCAUUUUAAAGGCCUUAAGGUGAUAUGAAAGGGUUAUUCUAUGUAUAUAACGAGGUUUAAUAUAUAUAGAACGACCCUUUCAUAUCACCUUAUCAUGACGCGUUAUAAUAAAGUCAUUUCUCUUUCUUUGGUAGAGAUAUGCAUAACGAGCAAUACCCAAAAUUGCUUUCGGGCUCGCUUGAGGCGUCGGAAAAAUGGCGACGAAUUAAAAGGUACAUACACUACUCUAUUUCUGGGCGUAGUCGUUAGCAAAGUGCAGUGGAACAGCUGGCAGAGUACUGAUGUUGUUUAUUUAGAGGGAUUUAUGUCAAGGGUAAUUUGAAUUUGAUAAUGUAAAUUUGGUAGAGUCGAUUCCGAUAUACAGGGGAGGAUAUGAAUGCCUCCCCUGCAGAUACGACAUCGCCUGUGCAGGGUGGUAGGGCAUCGAUGUCUCCCGGUAUACAUCCCGCAGUAUGCGUCUUGAACGUACAAAAAUUCAUAAAAAUUGUUUAAAACGUUAUUCCGAGGUUGAAAAAAGGGAUAUUCUGUAUUUUGCCAAUUGCACGCCUGUUAACAUUUUCCCAAAACUGAUUGUCAACACUCAUGAUGUCCUAAGCUCUUGAACGGAUAAGACUCUGCAUGUUGCGAUUCAAUCUCAAAAGAUGGUCUUGUGCACCGGCGGUCAUGCUUUUGAAUAAGACCCACUUAGUGCCACAAUUAGACAAUAUUUAUCCGUCAAGUUACUGCUAAGCGAGUGACAUGCAAACAACGAGAGGCAUUUGUUAAAAGACUCGGCAAAGGUUGGAAUAAAAAUUCCCCCGGUAAUAAGAUUUGCCAGAAACGCGAGAAUGUACUUACAGGUAGCACUUAGCACUUAGUACACUUUGUUCGGUAAUUGUGACCAUUACGUUCGGACCAUUAGUUCCAUAGAUUUCUAUGGUGAAUUCUUUAGUGAAUACGCGCACGGAAAUGUAACCGCAUUUAUUUCAUAUUUCCAUGAAUGUAACACAUUGUACCUGCAAUCUUAACCUCGCCUAUAGCAUAAUUCCAAAACUAUUUCUUUCCUCGUAUUUUCAAGCUGAGAAGAAAAGAAAAAGAAAGAGAUAUCCUUUCAACAAAGAAUUAGUUAUCCCGCAAACAAAGUGCAAGCAAGCCCCGUAUUUAUUAAUGUACAUAGAGUCCAGACUAAAAUACUUAUCAUCUAGGACUACAAUGAGAUCUGUGCAAUUGUAUGACAGAAAAGGAAUUAAUUACCGCUAGAAUGAAUUACGCCAUCCUCAGUUCCGCAACUCGAAGUCGUUCAUUGCUAUUUCUAGGUCCGGAUACUUCGUGCUUUAUUUUGAUAACAAAAUAGACAAAACUUACCAAAAAAAGGAAAAGAAAAGAGGAACAAUAAUAAUAGUGCAGAUCUCGAGGCCCGGGAGGAACAAUUUAUUUUUAUUAACGUUACUUAACGAAGAGCUGGAGGAAUAUUUACGUGCGUAUGCGCACUUAGACUCUACACUGUAACAAUGUUCAUCGUAAAUUUAUUGCAGCAUUACGAAGAAAAAAUAGAAAAGGGUACUCGUUAAAUCUGAUAACUGGAACGUGGAAAUUAUUAAUUUUUUUUUCCGUGAAUUAAUGAAUAUUAUUGAAUAUAGGUUCGAGGGAUGAUCGCGCGUCAUUGUUUAGUUCUUGCCUAUUUGUGCGAUUGUCUUCGACGGAGAUUUAUUUAAAAUAGGAUAAUUAAUAAGUUACGAAGGACCCGCGCCAGAAUGGUCGAUAAGAAAUAAUCAGCAUAUUGGAAGAACUUAUCAGAUGUUUCACGCAAACUCAUGUACCGAUGCGCGGAUUAAUUACGAGGGAAAUAUGUAUAUUGUAAAUUAUUUAUUGCCCAGGUAAACAUAAUCGUAGAAACACUAUUUCUAUAUCCGCCUGUGCCGCCAUUGCAGUGUCAAAGUUGCAAGACUUGCAAGAAAGCCGUGAAAGAAAAUUGCAGACGGUACACCGCGGUGGCAAGGAAAGGAAAGAGAGAAAAGAAAAAAGAUAAGCAAUACCCUUAAUUAUUUACACCGUGUGCAUAAAUAAACACGGCUCAGUUUCACCGCCCGUAGUUGUAUAAAAGUGCUCCAGACCGUUUGUACAUAUGUAUAGUUUGUUCCGUUCGAUUCUUUGACAUGAUUAUCAUUUGUUACAAAUAUACACAUAUUGUCGAGUGAGCAACGGAA